AGUGGAAGUGGAUCUCCUGUAAGUCCUUCUACCACCCACUGGUCACUGCUGGGAGCUGGGUGGCGUGGGUCGUGGCUUCGGCGAGCCGGGUGAGGUGUGGAGGCCGCGGCCCGGCCCAGCUGAAGGACCCGACCUGCUUCAGAGUCCGUGCCCGAGUGUUAAGAAACUGCCCUUGGUUCAGCAAGGAACUUGAAAUAAUGGAAGAACGGAAGGUGAAGAGGAGGAGUCCUAAGUCUUUUAGUGCCCACUCUACUCAGGUUAAUGCCAAAAAAAAUGCCAUUCCAGUAAGCAAAAGCACAGGGUUUACAAAUCCUGCCUCACAGUCAACUUCCCAGCGACCAAAAUUAAAAAGAGUUAUGAAAGAGAAGAGCAAACCUCAGGGUGGAGAAGGGAAGGGUGCCCAGGCUACCCCCAUCCAGCACUCCUUCCUCACCGAUGUCUCCGAUGUGCAGGAGAUGGAGCGGGGGCUUCUCAGUCUCCUCAAUGAUUUCCACUCUGGUAAACUUCAAGCAUUUGGAAACGAGUGUUCCAUAGAGCAGAUGGAGCAUGUUCGAGGAAUGCAGGAGAAGUUAGCUCGCUUGAAUUUGGAGCUCUAUGGGGAGUUAGAGGAGCUUCCUGAGGACAAGAGGAAAGCAGCCAGUGACGCCAAUCUCGACAGGCUGCUGUCCGAUUUAGAAGAACUGAAUUCUUCUAUACAAAAGCUACACUUGGCAGAUGCACAAGACGUUCCAAAUACUUCUACCAGCUAAAGUGAAAUGCAACUUGCUUUCUUGGGAUUUGCAGAAGAAGCAGUAUUCGUUACUUUCCCGGCUAAAUCCAGUCGCAGAAUCAUCUUCCACACCAGGAAUUAAAGUCAUUAAUGUGCACUGAUUGUUCCCCCCUACUGCUUUUAGUACACCUGCUCACUGUAAUUCACUGUAACUGGAGGUGAGGGCAUUGGGGAAGGCUUGAAUGGGACAUGCAGUGGAGAGGUCCAGGAGGUCAUGCUGCUGUGCUUUAUACUGUUGCCUUACAGGGUUAUACUUGAAAAUGCAUUGUGCUAAACGCUCUUGCUGGGGCUGGAGGAAUUGUCUUUCCUGUGUGUACCACCCCCACCCCCGGGGGGAUGACAGGUGGGUGGUGCUCAGGCUCACCGCUCCAGUUGUGGUGGGGCAGCCCUGCUUCAGUUUACGUUAGACAAUCAGCACACCCACAGGUGUGUUUGCCAAUGGCCAGUGAUGACAAAAUGUUAAAUAAGUGACAUUUGCUAUUUUUAAUAAAGUGAUUGUUUUAAAUUAA